CUUUUGAGAUUGUUUUUUUCACUCACAUAAUUUGCAUGAAAUUUAUCCACCAGCAUUUAAAAAAAAUAAUUGUGCAUAGUCUUCAGUGAGAUGUGUGCAUUUUCACCCAUUUUUGUUCACGCCUUUUCCACUGCCUACAAUGCCCCCUAUCAACCGUCUCUACCAAUCUGUAUUCAUUUCCUUCAGCGCAUCUCACUGCUGUGUGCUUAAAACCAUCAGACUUAUUUCUCUUCCCUUAUCAAUUAUGUAUGUUUCCCAUACCAUAUCAUUUUCCACUUGCAGGUAGAAGACAGGGACCACGCCUAAAGAUAAGAAUCUUUAUAUUCCCAGCAUCUAGUACAGUGCCCGAAAUGUAGGAGGUAUCCAGUAAAUAAUUUUUUGGAUGUAUGAAUGACUGAAGUUGCUCUACUGGAUUCUUAUAUUGUGUCUUGGGUAUGUGCUGUCUUCCCAACUAGACUCGAAGCUAUGUUGUAAAUUUGAGAGCAGCAACUCCAUUCUAUUUACUAGUAUAGGCGAGGUCCCAGUUAGGGUUGCCGUAGACAUUUGUAUGUGGCUUCAGUGAGCGUGUGUCUUUGUGUACAUGGGGGUGAAGUGAAGGCGUGGUUGUGGGCUGGUUUCCCAGCUGCCCAGCCUGACUUUCCACAGUCAGCAGGAUGGACCUGGAGAUGUCGGGGCUGAAGACCUUGGAGCAUGUGGCAGUGACAGUUUCCAUCACUCACCCCGGGCGCGGCAGCUUGGAACUGAAGUUGUUCUGCCCCAGCGGCAUGAUGUCCCUCGUCGGCGCCCCCUGCAGGAUGGACUUGGAUCCCAACGGCUUCAACGACUGGACCUUCUCCACUGUGCGAUGCUGGGGGGAGAGAGCCCGAGGGACCUACAGGCUUGUCGUCAGGGAUGUCGGGGAUGAGUCAUUCCAGGUCGGCAUCCUCCGGCAAUGGCAGCUGACCCUAUAUGGCUCUGUGUGGAGUUCAGUAGACAUCAGGGACAGACAAAGCCUGCUAGAGAGUGCCAUGAGUAGAAAACACCUGCAUGAUGACUUCACUCUGCCCUGCCCACCGGGGCUGAAAAUUCCUGAGGAAGAUGGUUACACCAUCACCCCCAACACCCUCAAGACCCUGGUGCUGGUAGGCUGUUUCACCGUCUUCUGGACCGUUUACUACAUGCUGGAAGUAUAUUUGAGCCAGAGGAAUGUGGCUUCCAACCAAGUUUGUAGGAGUGGACCCUGCCACUGGCCCCAUCGGAGCCGGAAAGCCAAGGAGGAAGGGACAGAGCUAGAAUCAGUGCCACUUUGCAGCAGCAAGGAUCCAGACGAAGUGGAAACAGAGAGCAGGGGCCUUUCCGCCACCUCUGACCUCCUUGUCCCAGACCUGCUGGAGCAAGGGGACUGGAGCCUGUCUCAGAACAAGAGCACCCUGGACUGCCCUCAUCAGCACCGAGACGACCUACUGCACGGGAAGGAGGAGCAGAUCUGCUGACCUCAGGGCCUGACAGUGUGGGACAGGCUCUUCUUUCCCAAAAUUAGGGAGCUCUUGAGAGAAAGCAGCCCUGAUGCUUACAUGUGGAAUCUGAGGCAUCCUCUGACUCCACUCAAAGAGGGUGAGGGCCUUCUUAAGAUACAAAUGGCAGAGGAUUGCUGCCAGAGAAGUCUGGUCAGAGCCACAGGGUCUUCCUCCAGCCAAACGGGAACUUUCGGUGAGAAGGUGUUGGACAGGGGAUUGGUGCCCCCUUUGGGUUGGCCUCCAUCCUCAUCUCUCUUGGGCCAAGCCGGUUGCCUAGGUUCCCCACACAUGGGGGACCCCCACCCACGCAUGAGUUAAGAAGAUGCCUGCCAUAGCCAGGAGCGCAUCUCAAUGGAAACGUCACUGGGGUCACUUGGGAAGAGGACUUUGGGGUAGAGGCUGGGAGGAGCCCCUGGACAUGCCUGUCCUGAAAGCGGCUACCUCCAUCAUCCAUUCCCAAGAUGCCUGAUCAGAAGCCAACCUUGAAUGAACCCCUGGCUCCUUCACCUCCGCCCCCACGAUUGGUAUGAUGCUGCUGGCACAGCUGGGAUACACACGGCUCCCCCAGGCCUGAGCUGCUUCACUAGGGAAUCCUGCGGCAGGACUGCAGAGCAGAUGGCAGACGCGCGUGUUGGAGGAGAGAGCCUUGGGAGCCACUGCCACUCCAGUCCUGCCACCACCCUGUCUUCCUCUGCAAGUGCUCAGGGAAAUGGCCUUCCUGCCGGAGGCCAACUAUCUGCCUGACAGGCUGUGACUCUUCUCUCAACCUUGGCCUUCUCCCCUCUUCUGAGCUAGUUGGUUGAAUUUUUUUUUAAUGCUUAAGAUUUGUUUUUCUCUUCUCACAGCAACAUUUUCUUGAAUUUUUUUCUGCACAGCUUUUCCAAAAUAAAAACCUUCCAAACAA